AUGGCUUAUCAGUUUCCAAAACGCAUUCUUGAAGAAGGAGCUGAGACUCAGAUUGAUAAGAUUAACAACACCUGUAGACGUACGAUUCUUGAAACGGUGAAGGGUGUUCUCAAGGAUGAGUAUGAAGAAGUAUUGAAAGACCCGGUCUUCGGUCCGAUUCUGGCAAUCGUAGAAAAUAAGCUCAUUUACUCCGGGAAGAUUAUUCACAGCUUCAUAUGCAAGCAGCUCAAGGUUUCCAAGCUCCAUGAGUUGUGGUUUCUGUUCGCAAAGCGGCCUCUCAGGUUUUCUAUGCAAGAAUUUCAUGCCGUGACUGGUUUGAAGUUCAAAGAUGAACCGGAGAUAGACUUCAUUAACUGGAAGGAUGAUAAGGGGUUCUGGAGCCUCGUGCUGAAGCAAAAUAGAAAGAUUAACUUAUUCAGUGUAAGGGAUGAGCUUCUGAAAGAGUGUAAGGAGUGGACUUAUGUGGACAGGGUGAGGCUAGUAUAUCUGUGUAUUAUACAUGGAUUCAUCAUGGCUAAGGAUUGGAAAGUGUCUAUCCCUCAAGAAUAUAUCCGUUUGGUGAUGGAUUUUGAGAAGUUGAGGAUGUAUCCUUGGGGUCUUCGCGCGUAUGAUGAGCUGCUUGCAUUAAUAUUCAGAGCAAGGGAAGAUUUGCAUCUGAAGAACAGUUACGUGUUGGAUGGAUUCUCAUAUGCGUUUCAGAUAUGGAUUAUGGAGGCAGUCCCAGACAUUGGUACUAUGGUGGGUAAAAAGAUUAAAAAAAACAUCACCAAAGCGAGAUGUAGAAAUUGGAAAGGAAGUGGAAAAGUAUCCUACCAAGAUAUCAGUAGCUUAGAGUCACACUUCGAUAAGGGAGAGCUGUUUCCCUUUAUAUCUAAUACUGGGAACAAUGAUGUGGUUGAUGAUGCUGCGUUCAUUAGGGAAGAUGAGAAAAAGGAUGAAAGAGUUGGUCGUAUUGUUGCUCUGAUGAAUGCCAAACAAGACUGGAACCAAUUCGCUUGGGAAGUUGAGGCUUUGCCUCGAAAUGUUGAGCUUUCUGAUUCAGAAGAAGAUGUUGAAGUCGAAGAUGUCACAGAGGAACCGUCUGUUAUUGCAGAGGAACCGACUGUUGUUGCAGAGGAACCAAUUGUUGUUACGAAAAGGGGCAAGCGCAAGCUUAUUGAUCUAGGUGUCGAGUCUCGAAAGAAACAACUGCUUUGUCAACGGGCGGCUGAGCAUAACAGUGGUGUCUCCGGUGAUCUGAAGACCUUCAUUGAAGGUUUGUUCACCUCUUCUUUCAACUCUUUAAAGGAGCUGGUGCAAAAGGACAUUCAAGAGCGUUUUGACAAGGUCCAUAAUGAGAUGGCUAAACUCAAGGAAACGAUGUCUCAAGUUACGGGUCCUUCACAUACAGAGGGGAAAACCAGAGCAUCUGAGAUUUUGGGUCCUUCACAAUCAGAGGGGAAAGACCAAGACAAAUCAUCACAGAGUCCGGAUCCUUCAGCAGCAAAGGGAAAAGCCAAUGGCAAGGCAGCUGAGAGUUUGCCUCCUCCUGCGGUUCAUCGUAGCCCUAGGCCAGUAAGAAAGUUUGACACGGCUGAUGUUCAAAAUUCUGAAGACGACAUGAUGGAUUUUUUGAAGAAUUUGUCACAAUCAUCAAACAUCAAAGUAGAAAUGGAGACCCAAGAGUACUUACAAGAUGCCAUGGGAAACCUUUCUCAAUCAUCAUAUGUUAAAGGUUUCGAUCCAUCACAAAAACUCAAUGGCGAAGAACCAGCUGAAUGCGUUACUCCACUGACUUCAUUUAAGCCUGCGGAUUGGAGACCACCUACUCUCAAAGAUAUCGACUUACAUGAGGAUCGGGUGAACGAUAGCGAUUACUCACUAGUGUUUGUCCCUGAGGAUUCAUGGGCCAAACUGAUUAAGUGGUCCUCAACUUCGAUGCAACUGAAAAUUGGACCUUCUAUGUUCACAAGUGAGUUAGCAGCACGUGUCAUGGGACCUACAGAGUGGCUGUUGAAUAAUGAAAUUGAUGCUAUGAUGUACUUAUUCACUGAGAGGACUUCCUUGCGACGAUGGGAACCAACAAAAGUAGCAUUCAUGACCUGCAUGUUCAGUAAUCAAAUGAAGAACUCUUUCGAAGAGUUUCGGAAGGACAAGAAGAAAUUCAAAGUAUCAGAACUGCUUCACCAGUACGGCAUUGGUGAACUUCCAGCACACGGACGAACAAGACUAAUGUGGGAUCUUGACGUUACACGCAUGUAUGUGCCUCUAAAUGUUGGUAAACACUGGAUCUCUAUGUGUGUCAACUUUGUUUCUCGUUCAAUAGAGGUCUUUGACUGUGAGGGAUUGAAAUACAACAAGGAAGUGGAGCCAUUUGCCUUUCUCAUCCCUAGAAUUGUCAAAGCUGUUCAGUCUUCAAAGAAUCGGCAGCAAGUGAAGGUCAAGCAAUAUACUGUCAGUUACGCCCCAAUGCCCUACUUACUAAACAAGAGUAGCAGUGAUUGUGGAGUAUAUGCCUUGAAGCACAUUGAAUGUCAUCUUCUAGGCUUGGACUUCUCCUUGGUGAAUGACAGCAACAUUCGAGAAGCGCGCCAAAAGAUUGCUUACGACCUAUGGGAAGCUGCCAAUGAUCCUGUGCUUAUUUCGAGAAUGGCACAAUACACUCCUCCAAAGACGAUUACAAAUCCUCUUGUGGAACUUUAA